AUAUGUAUUUUCAUCAUUAUUAUAUAAAUGUUUGCACAAUAUCGGGUAACGGUCGCGAUUGUCGCCAUCGCGAGUUUCAAGUUCACCACUUCACCAGACGUAGCCAUCGAGGCUACGACGAACUAGUCCGCUUAAAAAUAUAUUUUCCUAGUCUCAACGCACCGUCGACCUUCUCUGUAUUUUCGCACGACCGUUGUAGAACCAAUCGAAUAAAACCGUUUAUACAAUGGAAGAAGAAAAUUCAUUUACCAACAAAUUAAACAAAUCUUCUGAAAAAAUGCCCCUGUAUCCAGUUGGAAUAUUGGGAUUUGUAUUAGUAGCUGGUUAUGGACUCUAUAAAUUCAAAUCUCACAAGGGAAGUACCUCUUUAUACCUUAUUCAACUACGACUUGCGGCUCAAGGCACAACUGUUGGAAUUAUUGGAAUAGGUGUACUGUAUAAAAUUUACACCGAAUCAAUGAAGCCAAAAACCUAUUAAAAAAAUAAAAAUAAAAUUCUAGAA